GGCGCUGCCGCGGGAGGCCCGCGCGGCCCGGCCCGCCCCGCUGCCCCCCCGGCCGCUCUGCCCCGCCCGGCCCGCGCUGACGUUGGACAACAAAGAUGGCGGCGGGGAGCAGCAACUACUGGGAAGAUCUCAGGAAGCAGGCGAGGCAGCUGGAGAACGAGCUGGACCUGAAGCUGGUCUCCUUCAGCAAGCUCUGCACCAGCUACAGCAGCAGCCGAGACGGAAGGCGCGACAGGUAUAGCUCUGACACAACUCCUCUAUUAAAUGGAUCAAGCCAGGACAGAAUGUUUGAGACCAUGGCUGUGGAGAUCGAGCAACUUCUGGGAAAGCUGACUGGGUUAAAUGACAAGAUGGCAGAGUACACCAACAGUGCGGGUGUGCCGUCGCUGAACGCGGCGCUGAUGCACACGCUGCAGCGCCACAGGGACAUCCUGCAGGAUUACACACACGAAUUCCACAAAACCAAAGCAAACUUCUUGGCAAUACGAGAAAGGGAGAAUCUGCUGGGAUCAGUACGGAAAGACAUCGAGUCGUACAAAAGCGGCUCUGGCGUGAACAACAGAAGAACAGAGCUGUUCCUGAAGGAGCACGAGCACCUUCGGAACUCAGAUCGACUGAUAGAAGAAACAAUAAGCAUUGCCAUGGCAACAAAAGAAAAUAUGACUUCACAGAGAGGGAUGUUGAAGUCAAUACAAAGCAAGAUGAAUACCUUGGCAAACCGUUUUCCAGCAGUGAACAGCCUGAUCCAAAGGAUCAACCUCCGGAAGCGACGGGAUUCCCUCAUUUUGGGCGGCGUCAUCGGCGUCUGCACCAUCCUGCUGCUCCUCUACGCUUUCCAUUGAUGGCUGCUUCCCCCCUGGACUCUGCUAAACCUCAUCACCACCUUCCCUCCUCCCAGCCAAGGAAAAGUGACUGGGGGAAGCAUCAGACUUCCACAGCCUGCUCGUGGCUGGGGCUGUCACAAUGACGUCUGCAGCUUCUGGUGGUAGACACUGACACUGGGCUUGGGCUGAAGCUGCAGUGUUUCUCCUCCCCUGCUGUUCACCUUCCUUUGGGUUAAAUUUGGUGGGAUUUGUUUGUCUUUAAUUCCCUUUCUCACUGCAAGGUAAGUGCCCACGGGAUGUUUAACCAGAACUGGAGGAAGAGUUCCAGUGCUCAGCAGUGCUGGGGAGGUUUGGUGCUGGCUGGGGAGAGGGAGAGGAUUAAGUUUACCUUGUGUGGAAGCUCAGCAGGAAGGCUUUUCCCUCUAAUCUCAGCCCAGUACUGAAUUUCACCCUGAGAGAUGAAUACUGCAGCUUUAAGCCUUCAGGUUGCUUUACUACUAAAUACAUGUUCUGUAAUUCUUAACUCCUGGUUGAGAUUUUAGUUAUUUCUGCAUAAUUCGUGCUGUGAAAACUGUGCUUCACACAAAUUCCUCAAAGUUAACAAAAAAAAGGGGGGUUCCAUUCACUUUUUGUACAGAACAUGAAUAUGAAAGUACCCUCUGAGGGAGAUCAUAAGAUUUCUUGUGGCUUUAAAGGGACUAACAAAGUCCCACUGUGUAAAAAGGGAGCACAGUGUCCCAGCAGCUGUUUACUCAAGUGUUCAGUCAUCUGAAAAGUGACCAAACAUGAGUUCACCUGAAGGAAUCUUUUGGGUGCACACUCUCAUUUUGGCUGGCAUCAUAAAGACCUUUAAGCAGUUUACAAAGCCUAUACUGUAAUUUAGGUGAAGUUAUUCUGAUAGUGCAGGUAAGAAGGAUAUGAUCUAAACUGUUGAUUGGAAAUGAAAAUAAUGGUGGUUAUAGCUGAGGAAAAGGUGUUAGACAUAACUCCUAGCAAAGAGCUGACUGUAUGAAUAGUGAAAUAAAUGUUAUUUGCCAUUAUCUGGGAGGGGGGAAAGCUUUUUCUUAGUCUGGACAGGCAAAAAGAACCCUGUUUGUAAACAAAGCUGAAAUCUGCAGUGGCUUUGAUACUGCAGCUUCCCAGAUCACAGAUUUUUUCUGCUCUUUCCACCUGCAUAUCAUAAGCCAAUAAAUUCAAGCCUUAGCACUGAAUUACCUUUCUAAGAACUUGAUUAACUCUUUUCACAAUCCACUUAGAGUGCUCCUAUCAGAUUCCAUGUAUUCCAUCACCCACAAAUGUCACACAGUCCCCAGGUUCUCCUCUGGAACAGAGUCCAGCGGGACGGACGCAAUUUUUUACUUCAUUUUAUAGUGCCUGUGAGUUGGAGGGAAUAGGGACUUGUGUGGUGUGCAAACCCACACUUUUACACCCAAAAUGUCUGGAUUUAAAGGCUUCUUUGCAGACUUAAUAACCCUGUGCUAAAAAGUCAACAAGGGCUUUUAAUCAGCCAUCCUACCAUUGGGAUUUGGAAUUAAGACAUGUAAAACUGUGGGGCUCGUAUUUGAAAUAAAGGGUGAUUAUUUGGUUGAUUUGGGAACGUUCCCAUUUAGAGAUGAAGUGUUUAUUAAGGGGGUUUAUGAAAAAGCUUGAUGGAUAAAGGAGGGUUAUUAAUGGAUCUGUGUGUUGGGAGAUCAAACUACUUCUCCCUGUUGCCUUCUUUGAUUCCUCCUCUGCCCUAAGGGACCCUGAUCAGCACUUGUGCAUCUGUUUAGGAUUUGUAGGAUUUGGUUGCUCUAUAGUUGGCAAUAUAAGAUCUGCCGUACCAUAAAUAAAUUCAUUUAUUUAAUCUUAUAACAAGUCUUUUUAUUGGACUUAACUGAUUAUUUGGUGCAUAUAUUUAAUCUUAUUGUGAAAAAGCUGCUAUGGAAAAUAUGUAGAUUGUAAUAAAUAUGUAAACAUAAUGGAUUUUUCAUGUUAUGAAAAUGUUAUGGAGGAACUGAUAUAUUUUAGUAUAAAAUAAUGGAAAUAUGCUGAAUUAUCUCUGAUAAAGCUUUACUGGAAACGGUUUCGGUGUUGGCAGGCCCUCCAUGGUUUUUGUUUGUGCUGGUUUUGAGUCAGUUUUGUGUUGAAAAAUACAUUUAAUUAUCUUUGGAGUUUUCCCUUCAUCAUCGUCUGGCAGAGUGAGCGGGUGUUGUGCUGUGCUCCCUGGAGGGGUGUGUUUGCAUCUGGCCCAGGGAAAGGCUUCCAAAUUCAGGAGAAUCAGCCUCAUAACUCAUCUCUAACAACCUGGACCUGUGGUCAGAACAAUGGACUGGAAAAUGAACACAGUGGAUUGUAGCAUUCUGCCUCAAAUCCCAAAAUACAGGUUUGUGUGUCACCUGUUGCUAAAUGUGUUCUUGGAGUUUUUCAUUCUGUGUGGUUCCUCCUGCUCUGAGGAAAAAAAGAUGUGGUUAAAGAAUUCUCAUUCCUGCAAUUCCUGCCAAAGUGGCGGUUUCCUAACUCAACCCAGCAGAAGUGUGCUAAGAAAAUCAUUGCUGAGCACUGAAAUGAAGGGGGGAAAUCCAGGGUGUUUCUCCAGGACGUGUUUCACACACACAGACAUCUUUUUUCAAUUUCUUCUUCAUUCUUCCUGCCAGAUAAGCAGCUUCUUCAAACCUGGCCAGGCACUGGAGCACAAAGGACUGUGUUGGUAACGUUGAUGCCACACUUCACACAGGUGGGAAUAUUUUUAUCCCUGUUCUUUAAAUUAUUUUUUACCUGUUCAUCAGGCUCUGGUUGCUGCAGCAGAGCAAUGGCAUUUGGGCAACACCCAGAACUCUGUCCACAGCUGUAGCUUCUCCCCAGGGCAGUGCCAGGGCUUUGACCUUCCUGGGAAACAUUUUUUUCUUAGCCAGUAUUGAUUUCAGGAGUUUUGCAUAUCAAAGUGGGGUAUAAAUUACUGCUGGAUUACUGAGUAAUCCACUCAAAUUUUCAUUUGUAGUUCAGAAAUCCUUUUGUUGUGUUGUCUUAAGAUCAACGUGAGAAGAGUCAGUUCCUUGCUGGAUGUUGAAAAUUAAAGAGCAGAAGUAGAUUUUAGGGUGAUGUGGAAGUGUCAGGUGAAUUGUUCACUGCUGUCCUGCUGCUGCACAGGGAGCUGAGGCUGCUCCAACACUUCUGAUGGUGCAGCACAUUUAGUCACGACUAAAUGAGAGUUUUAACUCUCUUAAUGUAGCAACUUGUUUCCCAAGAUCACUGAAGGCAUAACCUUUUUCUAUUUUUACUGGUUUUAUCCCAAAGCUUUCAUUUGAGACGGGAAGGAGAGGGUAACAGCUGUCAGUGCUGAAGGAGGAAAUGGUUCUGAAAUUCCUUAUAACAAAAUUGGAUUGUGGAAUGUGCAGGACAGGAGACUGCAGUGAGAUUCACAGUGAGCCACGUUCCAGGUGACAUCUGCCAGUCCCCUCUGUGCCCUGCACCUCUCCUGGCACUGCACAUUGGAGCCAGUGGUGAUGUUUUAGUUCUGAGUACAGAAGCAGCUGUUGGUCUGUGUGGUACUGAGUGAGGAAAGCAGUUAAAUAAACACUCUACACCCAAAACAAAGCCCUUUCUCACAAAACACCCCAUACCUUGUAAAUGAGUUUCUGAUUGCACUUUCUGAUUUUUUUUUUUCUUUUCAUUCACAUUCUUGGAACUUCUAUUGUAACUGUAAUUAUUUUUGUUCUCACCUAUUGUGCAUUCUCUGUAUGUAUUAAAUAAAAAAAAGGCUUUGAUAUGUAAUUUAAUAAUAAAUUAGAAUUCUAAGCAA